UGAACAGUGAUCAUCUUCAGUUAGUAGAAGCGCCUGAAAGCAACAAGAAGUGAAAAUAAUUAUUAAUUCGAUUGAUGGAGAUACAGUGAUUUUGAGCAGUGUAUUCAAAUUCAAAUUAUGGAGUUAUUGAUUUAAAAAGAAAACAUACAAUUUAAUUAUUACAAUGACUGAAAAUAUAGAAAUUCAAAACAAAGGUCCAACCUUGGGUGUUCGUCAUGUUCAGACUUUGCUUUUAUUUCUUUGCUUUGUUGUGAACAUUAUAGAUCGGCUCAAAAUAUCGGUUGCUGUUUUUGCUAUGACCGAAGGAGCUUCAUCAAAUUCAUCAUUUCAAGCAUUCGAUUGGGAUAAAACAGAAAAAGGAUAUAUAAUUGCUGGCAUGUAUUGGGGAACGUUACUAACUCAGUUUGCGGGAAGUGUGAUGUGCCGUUGGCUUGGCGCCAAAAACACAAUCUUAAUAUCAACUUUGGGUUCAGCUAUUACCUCAUUACUCACUCCUUCACUCAUACCUUUGGGUGGAUGGCAAAUGUACACAUGCAUUGCAAUAGUCCAAGGAAUGUUUCAGGGCCUUUUUACACCAUGUAUCCAUGACCAAAUAGCCAAAUGGGCGCCGUUUGAGGAGCGAACACGAUUGGGAGCUUUCAGCUAUUCUGGAAUUGAAAUGGGUACCAUUCUGGCAAUGGGAGUGCCGGGCCUAAUAGCUGAAUCAAGCUGGGGCUGGCCAGGUAUAUCGUAUGUGGCCGCAGGAAUAAGUAUUGCCUGGUGUGUGUUAUGGAUGAUUUUUGCAGACAACAGCCCAACAACCUCUAGAUUCAUUGGGUCAGAUGAAAAAGAAUUCAUUCUUGCUUCACACCUUAAAAACGAUGGUCAGAAUAAGAAAAUUCCAAUUCCCUGGAAGGCUAUAUGCACAUCUGUCCCAUUUAUGUCUCUCAUUGGUAUCGAAUGUGCUCAGGCUCUGGGCUUUAAGACCAUGCAAAACGAGAUACCUUCAUAUUUGCAUGGAAUUUUGAAAAUGGACAUAAAAUCAAAUUCCUUUUUCUCGGCUCUUGCAUUUUCAAGUAGGUUUAUUAUGACAAAUGUAUGUAUUGUUUUUGGAGAUGUGGUUAUUAAAAAGAACAUCAUGAGCUUGAAGACACUCCGCAGGACCGUCAGCACUAUCUCAACGUGGUUUCCAGCAGCUUGCCUUUGUUUAAUUGGAUUCUUGGAUGAGCACCAAAAAACUCUAGCCAUAGUUCUCAUGACUAGCACUGUGGGGAUAAAUGGCGGUAAGACUAUCGGAAGCGCCCUAAAUCCAAUCGAUCUUUCAUCCAAUCACGCUGCAACUCUGACCGGGAUAGUCAGAACAGCUAGCAGUGUUGUCUUUAUGUUGACACCGAUGUUUGUUGCUACAAUUGUUAGUGUUGGGACUGAUCGAUCGGAGUGGCAAAAAGUAUUUGCAAUAACUGCUUUGGUCUUAUUUUUUGGUAAUUUGCAAUAUAUCAUUCUUGGAAGAACGGAUAGUCAACCAUGGAACGAUGAGCAUUUUGGACAGACGAUUUUGGAAUCAAAAAUUGACCAAAACUUGGGAAGUGAGAACACUCAAGAACAAGCUUUAUCUGGUAGUGCAACAGAAAAAGGACAACAAAACGAUGGUUACCUAAAUACGGAAUAUGAAUAUCCUGUAACAUCACUCACACAAGAUAGUAAAGAUGAUUAUGUACUAAAAGUUAUCAAAUAAUUUAAAAUGUUAUUUUAAGUAAAUUAAGUGUGUAGAUGGGUAUUUAGGGUAAAUUAUAAAUUUCAUUUUGUUGCAUGUUUUGUUUUAAGAACGUGAAGUAGAGUGAAAAGUUUGGUAUCGUUUUAGUUUGCAGCUUUAACCUAAAUUGUGUUCACUAUUUUGAUAUACAUGUUAAAUAAAUGUUCUCAACCCUUCAAUUGAA